AUGGGGAACUUUUUGCUCCCAUUUGUCGUAGCUUUUGCUCUGGUCCCAGAAUCUGCUGCCAUAAUACGGGCUAAACGCUAUAUUCCUUCACAAGAUCUGCAAAAUGAUACCAGGAAUAAGAGACAAACUUAUCCUUACGGCUACGGUUAUGCCGCACAAGGCCGAGGCUACUAUUACCCACAGUAUUCUGCUACUUAUCCUACCUAUGGUUCAUACGGUAGUUACUACAAUAUGCAGCCCAGUUAUGGUGGAUAUGGAUACUAUCAAUCACAGUAUCCUCAGUAUCAGUGCUAUCCGUAUUAUGGCUACUAUAAUAAUUACUAUUCCUGUUAUGGUACUGGCAGCUAUUACCAGCAACCUGCAGGAGGCGGCCUCCAACGGGAUAGAUGGGACAACAACUACAUGAUGCUUGGAAAUCUCAAACUCAAAGUCGCCUGCAAAUCUCGCGGAUGUCCAGGAGAAUAG